AUGGUGGCCGACUCAGAGAAAGAGGCGAAGCCAACUGAGGCAAGCCGGAAAGAGGAGGAAGCAGGUUCUUCACAAGAUUCUUCACGAGAGCAACAACCCAUUGCUCCAAAUCCGGUGAUAGAGAAACUUAUUGCGGAAGAAUCCACGGCGAAGCCUCCAUCAACCAUCAGUAUGACCAAACAGCCAGACAGCGAGAACGUCACGAUAGUCAACGACGACGAGACCCCCCAGCUAAGUAGCGAGGAGGGCGACGUCGAGAAGCAGCGCCAUCCAACUAGCGAGGGAGAUGUAACUGACGAUCCCAACAUCGUGUCCUGGGACGGUGACGAUGACCCAGCAAACCCCUACAACUGGAAGAGCUGGCGAAAGGUUCGCCCUGUCUUUCCUAACACCCCUCGGUUCAUGUAA